AUGAUUCCACUAACAGGAAAAAUAGUGAUAGCCCUGCUAGUGCUGGGAGUGACAGGGGGUAUGGUAACGACUAUAGUGUUGCUAGUGAACUACGAGAGCGAUGGCGGCGAUAUAAAUAAUUCAGUGACUUCAUCUACAGCCUCACCGAAUCGAGACCCAGACUUGUUGUAUGAUGUCGGUGUUGGUAUUGCGGACAUGACGGGACCAUGCGUGGAGAUCACUUUUAUGGGCUACGCAGAGUUGGGACAAUCUGGUAGUGGUAUUCACUUAAGGCAGUUCUCCAGAGCUUUUAUCUUUAAGAAGGGAGAUAAGAGAGUAGUCAUUGUAACAGCAGAAGUUCAAUCUAUCGGAAUUGCAGUAAGAAGACAGGUCGUGAAAAAUCUGCAAGAGUUAUAUGGAGAUAUCUACAACUUGAGAAAUGUAAUCCUUAUGGGUACCCAUACCCACAGCACCCCGGGAGGAUACCUCGUAGACUUUAUACUCGAUGUUACCAUACUCGGCUUUUCUAGAGAAACUUAUGAUGCCUACGUUGAUGGUAUCACAAGGAGUAUUAUUAGAGCUCAUGAGAAUAUGGUACCAGCUCGAUUAUUCUUUGGAAAAACUCGUGUAUGGAACGCACACAUUAACCGAUCUCCUUACUCUUAUGAAUACAAUCCACAAGAAGAAAGAGAUAGAUACGAUACUAACGUUGACAAUGAUCUUACUCAAGUUCGUAUAGUCAAGUCUGACGGAUCCCUUCACGGUGUGAUGAACUGGUUUGCAGUACAUACAACCAGUAUGAACAUGACAAACACUCUAAUUUCGUCAGACAAUUUGGGAUACGCCGCCUUGAAAAUGGAAUCUGUGUUGAACCCAAAUAGUUUAGUUGGGAAGCCGGAUAUCGUGGCUGGUUUCUUCUCAGCAAAUCUCGGAGAUGUAUCUCCAAAUUUACGAGGUGCUCGCUGCGAGUUCAGCGGAAAUGAGUGUGACAAUCAGUUCCUCUUGUGUGAACGGGGAGAGCGCUGCUACUCCUUGGGCCCAGGAAAUGACAUGUUUGAAAGUACUAAGAUCAUCGGAGAGGCUGUGUUUGAAGGAGCUAUGGAAGUUCUUAAUAGUCCCGGGGAGGAGUUGCGAGGUGAAAUAGCAGUUAUACACCAGUUUAUCCAAAUGUCGGAACAAGUGGUGCCAAGAUAUGAUCCGAUUGAGAGGCGUUUUGAUACGGAUAAUCCUGUUCGCGGGUGUUACCCAGGUUUGGGAUACAGUUUUGCAUCUGGAACUAUUGACGGUGCAAAUACUCUUAACAUCACUCAGGGGACAUUAACAAACAAUCCACUUCUGGAUCUUGUUGCUGGAAUUGUCGCAAAACCGACUGAAGAAGACAGCGAUUGUCAUGCACCAAAGCCUAUCCUUUUAGGCACAGGAAGGGCUAACUUCCCUCUACCCUGGCACCCACACAUAGUAUCAGUUUCCUUGAUUUGGCUGGCAGACUUUGUGAUCGCGGGCGUUCCUGGAGAACCAACAACUAUGACUGGAAGACGCAUAAAGGAUGUUGUUGGAUCUGUCAUGACGGAACACGGUUUUGAGGCCAAAGUAGCUGUUUCUGGUCUUACUAAUGAAUAUACACACUACGUAGCUACAAGCGAGGAGUACCAGGUACAACGUUAUGAAGCUGCUUCAACUCUUUAUGGACCACACACACUGGAUAUCUAUUUGAACAAGUUCCAUCAAUUUACUAAGUUAGCUAUCGAGGGCGGUGAUGUCCAACCUGGUCCAGAACCGGAGGACAACAGAAAUCGUACCAUCUCCCUAAUUCUGCCAGUUAUUUUGGACUCCGCUCCCAUAGGAAGUCAUUUCGGAGACGUCACUCAACAACCGCCUACAGUUGCUCAACCAGGGGACAAAAUUACAGUCAAAUUUGUUGGCGCCAAUCCAAGAAACGAUUUACGCCAGGAAUCAAGUUACGCUUACGUCGAGCGAUUAGAGCUAGGACAAUGGAACGUGGUUGCUACAGACGCUGAUUGGGAAACCAAAUUCCACUGGCAAAGACUAUCAACCGUUCUUGGUACGAGCGAAGUCACUUUCGAAUGGGAGAUACCUUUGACAACUACAGGGAGACACCUGACGCACAGAAUUGUGUACAAUGGUGCUGCAAGAAGUAUUCUUGGAGGCACGCUUACGCAGUUCCAAGGAGUUACUAAUAGUUUUCUGAUCGUGUAGACGCUUACUAGAUGCAUGCUAUGU